AUGGAAGCGGUCAGUGAUUUUUUUGGUUUCAGCACAGCUGGGCUUGGGCGGCAUUCUGCGUUGGCCGAGAAGUGGCUUACCAGUACCUGGACUGCAGGAAAAGGAGAGGAGUCGUAUCCGGGACAACCAGCGCCGAUCAAGGGCUCGGAAGAAGGACAAGCUGCGCGUCACGUUGCCAACGAGAAUCACAAGCUGCGACAGCUUCUCCACACCUUGGGCCUCGUUGACGAACAAAUCGAACAGUAUAUUCAAGCCGGGACGCUGAAUUCCUUGGCAAUGACCAACCAGCCAGUUGUGCACGAGAGCAGCAGUAUGCAACAAGGGCAGGCGGCAGCCACGUUGGAACGCCUACUCGCUCCGCGGCGGCCACCCUGCCUUGAGGAGCACGAGCUGUUCGUGCCAGCGAACAAGCCAACAAACCUCAAUCGAAACUCGAUGUAUCAGGCAUCAGAAGACUCAUCGAUCGAAGACUACGAAACUCCUGAAGAUGGUAUUCAGCAGACGUGUGGGUUGGUUUCCACGUCAUCGUCAAACUUGAACCCUCGACCGACUUCCUAUCCACGGCCCGAAACCCUACCUAGCAACGGAUACGGCGGUCAUAGAUCCAGCCAAGAGAGCAUCGAAUGGGCAAACGCCAAUCAUGGUCAAGAAGUCAAUGGCAUUCCGCUGAACCCGCUGAGAUAUGGCACGAACCAAACACUCGACUAUCGAUCAUUUUUCCCAGAAGCAAACCCUCCAACAGCACCUCCACCCCUGGCUUGCUGCGGGCCACCCACUACGUCUUGCGCUGUGUACCAUACAUCACAUCACCAGUCGCCGACUCACAAAUGGGAUAUUGCUUUGAACGGCCGGCCGAGCCACCCUGCAGCGAGAAGAGACAACAAUGGACGAACCGCUAUCAAAUCCGAGGACGAGGCGCGCCUCUGGAAUAGCAAUGCUACACUCAAGCAGUUUGGGCACGCCCUUCGAGAGCACACACCCGCAGAGUUAAGCCUUUUGGCCAUCUUUGCAACAUCCAAUCGAGUCGAGUACGAGAGAGGCAGCACGGAAUACGAGGUCCGAAAGGGAUUGCACACUAAUGUAAUCCAAUGUCUCCAACGUCUCCUCGGCGAGCUCGACGAGGCACUCGACCAGCUGUUGAGAAUAGAGCCGGAUAGAGAAGACGCACCCACAACGUUCAAAUGCAUGGAACGCAUGCUAGAGCAACAAAGAAUUUUUAUCCGCAAUCAGCUAGAGCAUGUUGAGCGGGAGGCAGAUGGUGCUGCGCCGACGCCGCCCUACGGCGAAAGCCUUUUCCCCGUCCACCGCCAGCAACCGAGGCAGAUAUCACCACCUCCCCGGUCGAAGCCAUCGGCUUGCUUCCAACGAACACCGGCAAGGUCCCUUCCUCAGUCCGUUGUCGACGGUCCAACAGUUCAACAGGUCGGGCUCGGUAUCGAGGAGUCCCAGAGGCCCUCAUCCUCUAAAGCGCAACUCCGCCUCGAGCCACACCGUUCCCAAUCUCCCUCUAGAAAAACAACAAGAACAUCUCCACCAAACCCCCAAGAGCAUAUGAAAUGGGUUGCGCCCUCUGGACGCGAGUACAGAGCAUGGCCCACCGCGGAUGCAGAUUACUCGCGACCCGCACUGAAGCCCGUCACCUACAAUAUGGACCAGGAUAGACCAUCUCUUCGGUUGCCGGGGGAUAUGAGUGGCGCGGUGCAUAUCAGGAGACAGCUUGAUGAGCAGGAGGAGACAGUCGAGAAUGCCAAGGUUCACCAGUGGCUAAAAGAUAUUGGGCCGGAUCCGGACGAUGUAGGGCCUCGGGGCCAUAAAAGAUACGGCGAGGAUGAUUUAGUUCCGCCCCUCGGCAAGAAGCCCAAGGUACUUGGUCUCCGCGGCGGGAAAGAAAAUGGGAGAGGGGCGCUGAGAACACUCUUUAGCAGUCUCAACCCCUUUGGGAAAAGGAAAACGUCCGGCUCUAGAAACGACGGCCCAAGAAACCAUGGCUUGGGAAACGGUGGCCCGACCAACGAAGGCGCAAGAAACCAAAGCUCGACGAACACCAACCACAGCAUCGCCUCACCAGACCCGGAAACCCCACCGUCCGUCAUUGUUGUACAAAACUUGCGCACCAAUUUCUGCGACGGAGAAAGUGACAAAAUGGCCCGGCGCUACUGCCGCUGGUUCGAGUUCCUCAUCCCCCUCACCGAGGAGACACCGGGCUCCAUCUCCGCGUCAAGCUUCAUGGCACGCCGCAGGCAGAGGAAGAAGCUCGAGAAGCUGAAAACGGCGCUCGCGCACAUGUCCAUCAGACCAUUUAAGAGGCGCAAGGCGACGUAUAACAGGACCGCACUACUCGAGAGCAGACUUAGCCUGCACGCGGAGACCAUGAGGAAGCUCACAGACAUGAGUCCCACGGAGGAGUCGGUGAUCCUUCAGACGCAACAGGACAUAGUUGAGUGCUGCGACAAGUUGGACCGCGAUUCGGCGGAGCUCGAGGAGUUGAAGAUAAAGCUGAUGCAGCAGAUGACGCUGGAAGAAAAGAUCUUUCUUGGCGGUGUGGUGCAUGGGGAUUGCUUCCUCAACUGGAUCACCAAGACAAGGAACCGUGUCCACUGGGAGCUAAGCUUUAUCGACCGGGUCAGGCAGAAACCGGAAAGGAUCAUGGUCGGCAUGCAUACGUAUUAUUCCGUUUGA